AUGAAUUGUUGCCGUAGCGAGCGCGCCACUGGUGCGCGACCCAAAGGGAAGUACGACGACUUUUUUCAAGAGAUACUAGCGCAGAUACCAAACACAACGUACACUGCGUUGUAUGACAGAGCAAGCAACUCCUUGGUCGCAGAAUCGUAUUUCUGCGGACGCAGAGACGAGCGAUUUGCCGAUCAAGCGUCUCAUGUUCGCUAUAACGUUGAGCCCCUGAUAGGCCUCCUGCACCGUACAAAGGACAUCGGUGGGCCCACAAGCGAAGCAACAGAGCCGUCUGUGCUGCUGCUAACCACGUCCAUGGGCCAUGUGUUCUGCGUCUUAGCUGUUCCCUGCCAGCAUUCUCUCAUAGUCGCCACUUUAUUUGACCCUUCAGACGCCAGCGAAAUAACUGGCGCAAUCUUCGAGCUCCGCUUGAGGAGCAUAAUUGGGAAGAUUGGAGCCGCAAUUGCGAGCUAA